AUGUUGGCUCGAAAAACUGUAGCAUCUGGGGCUCUGAGAAAGGUUUUAAAUGAAAGGUUGAAAGCUAUCCAAGUGAAAGAAAGCCUAGCUCCAAAUUCUGAUUCCAGUUCUGAGUCUGAAUCCUUUCAAUCAGCGACUGAGGGGGAAGGACAUGGGUCUUCUAACUCUGAGAAAACUCAAGAAUUCCCUACUGAGGUAAGUACAUCUGUUGUUGAAAACUUUGAAACUAGGUUUGUUUUAGUUGGACCCAUUAGGGAUGUUAAGUUGGCUGAGACGAGUAGGAGUGGACGUAAAAAGAAGUCUAAAAAAGAAAAAGAGAGAGAGGGUGCAUGUGGUGAAGAGAGGAGAAAUGGGAGGGGAGCAAUUCUUGCUAUAUGUGGGGUUGCACAAGAGAGGUUAGAAGAGAGUGGCAUGAAGUCAAGAGGAAGUGGGUCUGGGGAGGCUGCUGAGGGUUAUGACCCAAAGAAACGCAAAGCUACCACACCAAAAGCCCCCAAUGUUCCCAAGCUAUCCAAGAAAAUAAAAACUUCAUCCCCAAAACCUGCUGCCUCUUCAUUGCCUAAGGGAAGAGCCACAAGAAGCAUGGUAAAACAAAGUGAAGUUGAAUUACAAAAGGCUCUAGAAGAAAGCAAGAAAAAGAAAAUGGAGAAGGGAAAUGGAAAGGUUGCAGAAUCCUCUGAGGUUGUAGAGGAAGAGGAGAUGGAACUGGUCCAUCAAGAAAGGGGUACAACAGUGGAGGUUCCUACACCAAAACCUAAAAAGUCCAAGACUUCUUCCAAGAAGUCUUCUUCUUUACCUGUGUCUACUAAACCCUCACUAGCCAAGAGGACAAGAUCUGCAGUGAAAGCUAAACAAGCAAAAGUUUCACAUGAUGAAGAGUGGAGUGGAGAAGAAGAAGAAGAGGAAUCUAAGAAGGAAUAG